AUGUUUGCUAGUCUUCUCCCUCACCACGACGAUGAUGGGCUUGCGGCGGUUCGUCUAAACGCCGCUACCGCGGGUGCUUUAGCUCUUGUCACAUUCCUCAUUCUACGUCUGGGCCUGGUUGUAUACAGAUUCUUUUUCCAUCCACUGCGUAAAUUUCCGGGUCCCAAGCUCUGGGCUGCUUCAGACUUGCCAUAUACAUACAGCAUGCAUCUUGCAGGAACCGGCAUUCGCCAGGUAACCGAGUUUCACAAACGUUAUGGACCAGUAAUUCGGGUCGGCCCUAACCGUCUUGCACUUGAUGGAAGUGUAGGAUGGCCGCAAAUAUUCGCUCGGCGGCCGGGUGCGGAGCCCGAACAUGAAAAGGCUCCCAAGUAUUUCUCGCCAGGGGUAGAAUAUGCAAUCAUUGGGUCAGCACGGGAAACCCACCGCCGUCAACGGAAACAACUUGCCCAUGCCUUCAGUGAUGCGUCUAUCCACGACCAGGAGAAGACUAUAAGCGAGUAUGUCCAACUUCUUGUACAGCGUAUAGGAGAACAUGCGCAGUCCGAGAAGACUCUCAACAUCGUCCAGUGGUUGAAUUUCGCGACUUUUGACAUCAUCGGUCAAUUAACGUAUGGAGAGUCGUUUGGCAGUCUCGCGAGCAGCGAUUACCAUCCCUGGGUUCUGGGCAUCUUCCAGGGUAUACAGGCAGACUCCUUUUUGCGAGCCUGUAGAGUUUACCCUGUGAUGGGCACUAUACUCACAAACCUGUUCCCUAGCAAGGGUAUUAAGGGGGUAGAGAACAGAAAAUUGGCGAUGGCCAAGGGAAAGGCGCGGAUGGAACUUGGUCUGCAGCCAAAAAAGCAGAAGGACUUUACAACCUAUAUGAUGCAGCCAAAUCGUGAUGGCAAGCCAGGUCUAUCCCAAACAGAGAUCAUGGCCAACUCCCCCAUACUGGUCGUGGCUGGUAGUGAGACUACUGCGAGCGCCUUGUCCGCCUUCUUCUUUUAUAUCAAUCAGACAACGCAAGCUAAGGCCAUCUUGCUGGACGAGAUCAGAACCAAAUUCCAAGACGAGUCCGACAUAACGCUAACUUCGACGAACCAACUGGAAUAUUUACAUGCAGUAAUUGAGGAGACACUUCGAAUGUAUCCACCAGCUCCAAACACACCCUCCCGUGUUUCUCCCGGAGGUGAAAUUGAUGGGAAAUUUGUCCCCAAGGGUACUGAAGUGUCGGUAACGAUAUGGUCGACUUUCCGAAAUCCCGAGCACUUUUUCGAUCCUAACUCUUUCCGUCCUGAACGCUGGCUUAAAGACACCCACCCACUUUAUGAUGCCAAGUUCGCGAAUGACAAUCAUGCUGUGUUCAAGCCUUUCAGCUACGGCCCUCGGGAUUGUAUCGGGAAAAAUUUGGCGUACUCGGAGAUGCGGAUGAUAAUAAGCCACCUGGUCUUCAAAUUCAAUUUUGAAUUGCUGCCAGGACAAGACGACUGGCAUUCGAAGCAGCUCGUACAAUUCAUCUGGGAUAAGGGACCACUCUAUGUGAAGUUCAGAUUCAGAGAUGUCAAACACUGAUGUAGGAAGAAGCAGCAGGGAGGGAUUGUAGGCUAUAGGGUCAUUGGGGAUGGGCUUCUGUGUAAUAUUAGAUCUCUUGUAGCAGAAUGAAAAUAUUCGGUUUCUGAUUUGUG